AUUACCAAAUAUAGAAAUUUUUAUAUGGAAAGUUUUAUUCUUUCACAUAUUUUUUUGCGGUUUCACCCAUGUUUGUUUAAAAAUUUUUACAACUACUCUUUUUUCGAUCUUUUUGUAUGUAAUAAUGUAUAUGUUUGCCUCAUAUGUUAUGUCUAGUUUUUAUAAGUCACUGUAAGAAAACCGAUUUUUUUGAAUUUUGAAAGGCAAUUUUAUUGAACUUUGCUUUUCAUCACUCAACAUCACAACAAUCAACAACAAAUAAAUUAAUUAAGAAAAAAAAAAAAAAAUAUAUAUAUAUAUAUUUGUCGCAUAUUUUUGUUAGCCGUCUAUCUAUUGAAAUGUUUGAGGAUACUUUGUUAAUAAUCAAAGCGGAUUACAUGCAUAGACGUAAACAAUUGUUAAUAUAUUUGUUGAAGAACGGUUUUCAGAUACAAGGGCAACGUCGUUUAUUAUUUUCUCCCGAAUUGGCCGCGGCAUUCUAUGAUGAUUUGGUCGAUAGCCCCAAUUUUAUGAUGUACGUAAUUCUAUUAUCGAAAGGAAAUUCAGAGGCUUAUAUAUUGGCUAAAAAUAAUGCUGCGCAAGAUUUAUUAAAUAUAAUGACUUGCUAUUUUGGCACUUCCGCGGAAUUGGAUUGUAACGUCCAUGUAACUACCUGUCAUCUCAAAGUCCAACGUGAAAUAAGUUUCAUUUUUCCCAAUUAUAUUUAUGAACCAAUUUAUUGCCCGGAAAAAUUGGCAUUUGGUACAAGAAAUCCUAUCAUUAAACCGUUACUCCAAAAAUUGUACGACAUAACAACAGAAACCGAACCAGAUCAUAAUAAAGUAUGGAAAGUUCAAGUGGCCGAUUACCUUAACAGUUCCAAUAAAAAUUUGCCAAGGAUUUCGAAUCUCGGUAUUCGCACCACUCUACGCAAUGUGCAAGAAAGAGCCCAACAAACCAAAUUCACAACGUUUAAACAAUUUAAAGUCCAUCCGGGCUUGGACAGAGGAAGCGCCGCCACAUUAAAAAGUCAGAUCAGUGGAGGCUCCUCUGUGCACAUAAGCACAUCGUCAUGUGUCUCUUGUUCGGAUUUUGGAAGUACUGAUGAACGAAUACGGCACAUCCAUCGUAAAGAACCCUUAACUGAUCUAAUUAAAAAGAAGACAGCUCCGUUGACACCCAGUAGUGGCGCUCUAUCGGAAACUGAGAAGGAGGAGCAGGAAGAAGGCAAAACACGAAAAUUAUUUCGUGAUGUUCAAAUGGAUGUAAUGAAGCAGGUCGAUGUAAUAAGACAAAUGCUUGCAAUGGGCGCUUCAAAAGAAGAGGCAGUGUUGGAAGGGGAAGUUAUAGAACAGGAGUUAAUAGAAGAGGAAGUCAUAAAAGCCGAUUUACAUACACUGGAAAUAGCGAAAUCCGCACUAGAAGAGGUUUCUGAAAAACCUGAACUUGCAGAAGCUGUUGAAGCCGUCCGUUCCGAUAAGGGUAUCGCCGAGAAACCUGGAAACGGAGAGCCCGUAGUCGAACAAGCUGCGGUCGAAGGCGAACAACCUGUAAUCGAUAAACCUGCAGACGAAGAACCUGUUGUCCUAGAGCAUGUAGUCGAGCAACCGGCAGGUGGAGAAUCUGCAGUGGAAGAACCUGCAUCCAAAGAACUUGCAGCGGAAGAUGUACAUCCUGGUCCCGAAGAGCGUGCAGCCGAAGAACCUGUUGCUGUUGCAGGCCCGCAAGAACAAGAGCAUGCUGAAGAGGCUCCUGUUGAAGAAUAAUCGUAUUCGCCGUACUUUCUUCAUUUUUAGGUUGAUAGAGAUGUUGUGCCUUAUAUUUUAUAAAAUGUACUAACUGCAAUAAAACUUGGUAACACGGUUGUAA